AUGACCCAAACAGUGAACACAGCCUCGUGGAUUGACCCAAUUCUUAACUUCUUGGAAGUCGGCAAACUCCCCGAGGAUGAGAAGGCGACAAAGAUGAUAAGAAGGGAAGCAGCCAAGUUUGGAAUCCCAAAAGUUGUGAUACCGGAUAACAGGACACAAUUCGCUGAUAAGAAGUUUGGUGAGUUCCUUUUCGGCCUGAAGAUAAAGCAGAUGUUCUCGUCAGUAGAGCACCCACAGACCAACAGUCAGGUAGAAGCAACGAACAAAGUCAUCCUCCAAGGCCUCAGGAAACGGCUUGACCAGAAGAAGGGGACAUGGGCAGACGAACUCGCUUCAGUCUUGUGGUCCUAUAGGACGACGCCGCAAUCCUCCACUGAGGAAACGCCUUGCCAGCUCACCUAUGGAGUCAAUACAGUGAUCCCUAUGGAAGUAGGAGAACCGAGCCCAUAG